UCGUCUGCUCCCGUGUGUGUAUAUAUAUGUGUGCAUAUAAAUAAAUAUACCUAUACACACGCAAAAACAAUUAUUGGUUUUGUUAAUUAACUGGCAUUUCAUGUCGCUUUUCCAGUCACAAUUUUCUCCGUUUGUCCUCUCUGUUUCAUGGCGUUGUUGAAAUUUACAGCUUCAUAAUUGAGCCAAACGGAUUUUUCUUCUAACGAUCCACGCGCCGUGACUUGUGCACCGAGACCCAUGAUCUCUCUCUGGCUUUAAAUUAUUCCUCCUAUUCUCGUCUGCAUUUCUUAAUUGGAAUAUUAUAGUAUUCAUUUCAGAGCUGUGAGAUCUCUAAUUCUGGAGGGUUCGCCAGAACCGAAGGCAACUGAUACAUUUAUUGCUUUCGGCGGGCUUUGCUUUAAAUUCUGGGUCGUUGUGAUAUGCUGUUAUUGGAACUUUGUUUAUGAGCUAAGGGGAUAUAAUGAGAGAAAAUAUGCAGUAAUCCGUAGGUGAUAAUGAAAGCAAUCAGCUAUGGUACAACUACAUGUCAUGCCCAAGACAGCCCUAUUCUAGUAACUCCAUGUCGUCAAUUGAAAGUUCUUUGUAUGGACUUAAAAAUAAUGGGAUCCAGAGUCAAGUCUCCGGAAUUCUUCUGGACAGUCUAGGCUUGUGGAUGGACUUACUGUCUCUGGUCUGACCAUCUUGUUUAUUGGGAUUUGAUGUUUGCCAAAUAAGGAGGGGAGUUUUAGUCUUGAAAACUUGCUGUCUAGAACAUUGCCUAAGUUGGUGCCUAGCUAUGGUGUUUUUUUCUAGACUGCCACGGAUUAUCUCCUUGUUGCCCAAAGUGAUCCAAGGCAUGUUUUACAUCAAAUUAAUGGACGACAACCAAGUGUUAAAUCUAUCCCAUGCGUAAUUUUGAUGCUCCACUAGCAAACAGAAUUUCAAAAGCAGUGAUGACCUCAAUCACAUCGAGGACCUAGAGGCUAUGGAGCUUUAUUCAAGAGCCAGGGCACAGGAGGCAGAGAUCCUAUCCCUUCGUGAACAGAUUGCUGUUGCUUGUGUGAAAGAAUUGCAGCUGUUGAAUGAAAAAUACAAAUUAGAGAGAAAAUUCUCUGAACUAAGAAUGGCAAUUGAUGAAAAGCAAAAUGAAGCCAUUACUUCUGCAUCCAAUGAGUUGGCUCGUAGAAAGGGUGAUCUUGAACAAAAUUUAAAAUUGGUUCAUGAUUUGAAGGCUGCAGAAGACGAGAGAUAUAUCUUCAUGUCAUCGAUGCUGGGGUUACUUGCUGAAUAUAGCUUAUGGCCUCGUGUUAUGAACGCUUCUUCAAUAUCUAACAGCAUAAAGGCUCAUUGCAAAGGAGUCUCCGCUAACUUGCAACCAAACACUCCUAUUCCUUCAAGGAUGUUUAAAGCAAGCAUUUACACGAUCAAUUACAGUGGAGGAUCCGAAGUUCGCAUAAUUAGAGAUUUAAGUUCUGUGCUACAAAGUUACGGUGAAAAUGGUGUUCGUGUUGAAAGUCCAGGAUCUGGAAAUUGGACAAAUCAUUUGUAUAAUCCAUCCAUGAUUCAACAUGAUUUUCCACAGCACAAUGUUAGGAAUGAACAGCAUGCACAUUUGACGAGCAACAUGGCACGGGGUAUAUCGUUCUCUCAAAUACAUGAUAAUAAUGUAAUUCAUGAUAGAGCCAGAGAAAGAAUGUUUAAUGGCAACUGGUCUCAACCUUCACCGCAAUAUGAUCAAGGUGCAAUAUCUUCCGUUUAUGAAGAUGGCCCGGGCAUAGAGAAUUUUCAAAUUAUUGGUGAGGCUGUUCCUGGAGAGAAACUUCUUGGAUGUGGAUAUCAAGUACGGGGGACUUCUCUUUGUAUGUUUCAGUGGGUCCGGCAUCUUCAGGAUGGUACUAGGCAAUACAUUGAAGGUGCCACUAAUCCUGAGUAUGUAGUUACAGCUGAUGAUGUUGAUAAAGUGAUAUCUGUUGAGUGCAUUCCAAUGGAUGAUGAAGGCCGUCAGGGGGAGCUAGUGAAUCUUUUUGCUAAUGAUCAAAACAAAAUUAGAUGCGAUCCCGAAAUGCAGCGAGAGAUUGACACUAACCUGUCUAAAGGAAAAGCAACAUUCCAUGUUCAACUUCUAAUGGAUUCUUCCGAAAAUUGGGAGCCAGCAACUCUAUUCUUAAGACGAUCAGGGUACCAAAUUAAGAUUAAUAGGUCAGAAGAAGUGGUAGUAGAAGAGAAAUUCUCCUCAGAGUUAUCGAUUAAAGUUCCUUGUGGUCUCACAACACAGUUUGUAUUAACAUGCUCAAAUGGAUCUUCCCGUCCUUUAUGCACACAUGAUGUCCGAAUGCGUGACACUCUUGUGUUGACCAUGCGUAUGUAUCAGAGUAAGGCAUUGGAUGACAAAAGGAAAGGAAAGGAGAAGCAUGAUCUCUCAUAACCGUGUCCAGGCUCAACACUUCCAUAUAGAAAAGAAAGGUAUUAUAGUGAAUUAAUACUUCACCAGGAGAUAUUUUACAAUUAUUUUCAUUCAAUUAUUAUUAUUAUUAUUGCUAUUAAUUUAUAAAUGUUACGAUGUGAGUAAGAAUUACAGUAUGCAAUUUUUUUACCGAUACAACUGAUGGCUGCCUCGUGGCCUUCCCUGUAUGCAUAUUGUUUACCUCACUUUAACAAGGUUAUUCAAAGUUCUGAUGAUUGAGCCUGGUGUUUUCUUUCUCUCAAUCUUAUAUCAUCACGAUUUAAUUUCUUUUUAGUUAAUUGCUAAUUGAUGUUAAUGUGCAUAAAAACCGUUGUAAGCAAAAAAUCCAAACAGCUUUUGUUAUGUUCGUUA